AUGUUUAGGAGUCACCCCCUGCUGGCUAUUGCAGAGAUUGCAGGUUUUGGGAAUGGGAACAACCUGCUUGAUAUCAUGGUACAGGGUCAGGAUGACUGGGGAGUGACUUACACUUCUACUAAGAUCUGUGCCUUAAAAGGAUCAACAGUGGACAUACACAGCACUUACAGUUACCCAUCCAGGAUGAAUAAUGUUGAUACUACAGUUGAUGAAACAUUCUGGUUUACUAAAAACUUUGUGGAUCUGAGAACAGACUCAGAGUACGCAGGUCGUGUGCAGUAUCACUGUGAUAAGAACGACUGCAUUAUGAGAAUCACAGACCUGAGAGAGAGAGACUCAGCUGAGUACAAGUUCAGGUUCAUAACAAACCAACCAGGAGGGAAAUAUACUGGUGAACCUGGAGUCACUUUGACUGUCAAAGAUCUCCAGGUGCAGGUGAACCCAUCAACAAUCAAUCCUUCCUCAGCAGAGCUGAAGUGUCACAGCAGCUGUCGUCUACCUGAUCAUUCUUCCUUCAUCUGGUACAACAAUGGAGAAAAAAUUACGAGACAAACAUCUUCUUCUUAUUCAACCAACUUCAAUGAUGGAGACAACUAUUCCUGUGCUGUUACAGGAUAUGAGGACUUCCCCUCUCCUUCAGUUUAUGUUUCAAAGCUUCCCUCUGUGUCAGUGAGUCCCUCUGGUGAAAUCAUUGAGGGCAGUUCAGUGACUCUGACCUGUAGCAGUGAUGCUAACCCAGCAGCUAUAUACACCUGGUACAAGAAAAAUGUAAAUCCAGAGCUUCAACCUCUCAGUAAAGAACCACAGCUUGUCUUCAGCUCCAUCCAGUCUUCUGACUCUGGAGAGUAUUACUGUACAGCUGAGAACCAGCCAUGGAAAAGGACAUCUGAAUACAUCUUUAUUGAUGUGAAAUAUGCCCCAAAGUUUCCAUCUGUGUCAGUGGGUCCCUCUGCUGAGAUAAUGGAGGGAAGUUCAGUGAAUCUGACCUGUAGUAGUGAUGCUAACCCAGCAGCUAAUUACACCUGGUACAAGAACAACCAAACACUGCUUCAAAGGUCAGAAGGUCAUUUUCAUUUCACCUCCAUCAGCUCUGAGGACAGAGGGAUGUACUACUGCAACUCUGAAAAUAAAUAUGGACAGAUUAACUCUUCAUUUCUAUUCAUUGAUGUCCAGUAUGGUCCAACGCUUCCCUCUGUGUCAGUGAGUCCCUCUGGUGAAAUCAUUGAGGGCAGUUCAGUGACUCUGACCUGUAGCAGUGAUGCUAUCCCAGCAGCUAAUUACACCUGGUACAAGGAGAAUGUAAAUCCAGACCUUCAACCUCUCAGUAAAGAACCACAGCUUGUCUUCAGCUCCAUCCAGUCUUCUAACUCUGGAGAGUAUUACUGUACAGCUGAGAACCGACUGGGGAAGAAGACAUCUGAAUACAUCUUUAUUGAUGUGAAAUAUGCUCCAAAGCUUCCCUCUGUGUCAGUGAGUCCCUCUGCUGAGAUAGUGGAGGGCAGUUCAGUGACUCUGACCUGUAGCAGUGAUGCUAACCCAGCAGCUAAUUACACCUGGUACAAGGAGAAUGAAGACUCACCAAAAGCAUCAGGACAGAUCUUCACCAUCACUGAUGUCAGACCUGAACACAGUGGGAAUUAUUCCUGUGAAGACCAGAACAGAAGAGGACGUCAUAACUCCACCUUACAUCUGACUGUUGUGAAAAGGAAAUCAGUAUUAAUGAUGAACAUCUUCAGGUUGAUUCUGGCUGUCCUGAUGCUGAUUCCUCUGCUUCUCUUGAUUUUGUGGAUGAGGUAA